UUUGGGGCAAAUCAUUGCAAUUCACGACAUUCGUUGAAUAUAUCAUUAGAUCAAAAUCUACUAAAACCGCCAAAUUUCAAAUAAUUUCAAAAUGUUUAAGGUUAUCUGUCUGUUCCUUGCUCUCGCCGUUGCGGUUGGAAGUGCAACUCCAAUAAGCACAGAACGAUCGAUCACAGCUCGACCUCUGCCUAAGUCGUCACACGCAAUUAGCUCUACUCCUAAGGAGGCACUGACCACGGAAGCGGAAGAUGAUGACACCGUGACAACCGUUGCACCUGAGCAGGCUUCUUCUGACAUUGAUAAGGCGGAAUCAUUUGGAUUCGGUUACUACAGCUAUCCGCAGUACUAUCCACAGUACUAUUACAGCGGAUAUCCUACUUAUUACCGGUACUAUCCUAGCUACAGUUAUGGAUAUCCUUACAUCUAUUGAAAUUUUGAAUAAACUUAUUUGCUCUCAACAAAGGUGUUUUUUUUGGUA